AUGAUUGAGGUGGUUCCGCUAUCAGAAAACAGUAUCAUUUUGAGCUGCGACAUGUGCGGUUUGCUUUGUGUAAGAUGGUGAGGCGCCUGGGCUUUGCUGGUCUGCUGGUCGUGGCUCUACUUGGCCAGCAGACCGCCCAGACUGCCAACAUUUUGGCGGUAUUUGCGUAUUCGUUUGGUUCCUCUUAUGUGCUAGUCAAACCCUAUCUACAGAACCUCGUCCAGCGGGGACACCAACUGACUGUGAUAUCGGCGCCAGUCUCUUACAUGGGCGACAUCGAAGGGGUUCAGCAUAUACGCGUGGAGAGCCUGAAAAAGCUGAGUAAAGACCUCGAGGAGUACGACUAUGAGACGGAAAUGACCAGCAAAUGGGCAGAGGCUUCGUUCGUCGCUGAUUACUUCUACAACUGUUCCAAGCUGAUUCUCGAGGAGCCUGGCGUGCGCUCCCUGCUCCAGAAUGCCAGUGCCCAGUUCUCGAUGGUUAUCCUGGAGGCAGCCCAUACAGAUGCCCUUUAUGGCUUUGCCAAGCACUACAAUGCCUCUCUGGUGGGCAUUUCAGCCUUUGGUGGGGCCUGGAACAUUGACUUCCUAGCCGGCAAUUCGGCGCCGAGUGUCUAUGAGCCCAUGUCCGCUCUGGGCUUCUCCCGCGGCCUCAGUCUCGUUGAGAAAAUGAAAAAUCUGAUAUUUAUCAGCGAGGAGCGUCUGGUGGAGAGAUUUAUCUAUCUACCGGGUCAGAUUGAGCUCUACAAGCGAUACUUCUCUUUUGAGGCGAGCAGUCUUCACGAGAUUCGCAAGAAAUUUUCCCUGAUCUUGCUCAAUCAGCAUUUCAGUCUCGGUCGAGUGCGAUCGAAUGUACCCAACCUGGUGGAGGUCGGCGGCAUGCAUCUCAGCCAGAAACCCGAGCCUUUGAGUGCAGAGCUUCAGGUUUUUCUGGAUGAGGCCGUGCAUGGUGCGAUAUACUUCUCAAUGAACUCGGACAUGCUGGAUAAAUGGUUGCCGCCGAACAUGCAAAAGACGAUGCUGAACGCCUUUGCUCGGCUCAAGCAGCGCGUUGUCUGGAGAACCACUUUUCAGACACCGAAUGAAUCGAAUAACUUGUACGUGAGACCGUGGCAUCCACAGCGAGAGAUCCUCAACCAUCCGAAUGUGAAGCUUUACAUCACUCAGGUGGGACUUUUGUCCAUCAUUGAGGCGUCCUAUUAUGCUGUGCCCAUGCUCUGCAUUCCCGCCUAUUUCGAUCAGUUCAAGAAUGCCGAUCGAUUGGAACGUUUGGGCAUGGCCAAGACUCUUGAUAUUUAUGCUCUGGACCUUGAGGAGGUCGUCGAAACGAUUCACGAGCUUCUCAACAAUGACAGCUAUGCGAAAAACGCCAAAAAGCUGUCCAUGCGUUUCACCGAUCAGCCCAUGACUCCGAUGGAGACGGCCAUUUGGUGGACCGAGUACGUGCUGCGGCACAACGGUGCCGAUCAUAUGCGAAUCGUUGAACAGGACAUGUCCCUGAUGCAGUACUACAGCGUGGACAUAUUCUCGGUGCUCUUCGGUCGCAUUGGACUCACGGCCUUGAUAGUGAUCUUCUUGGGCUACACUGUGGUCACUAUAGCUUUGAGGACCACCCAGUAUCAUCUCAGACUGAGUAUACCUGUGGUAACCUAAGGUCACAUCCCCAUUUCUUUGUUGCGUAUCAUUUCUGACCCUUUCUGAUUGUUGCAGUCGGUU